CAAGCUUUUCAAUGGCUUGUCGUGAAAUCAUUCGACCGCAAAUCAUCGACAUUGAAAGGUUCUCUCAAUGGAAUCGGCUUGUUAGAGCUCAAGCAUAUGCUCUCAGAUUCAUUUUCAAUGUUCGCCAUUCACAACAAGAACGUCAAUUCGGGCCGCUGGUACAACAGGAAAUCCUCGAUGCCGAAAAUCACUUGUAUCGUCGUGCACAGUCAGAUUGUUUUCUAGACGAGAUAGUGGUAAUGAAGCACAAUCAAAAUAGACCGCUAAAAGAGCAAAAAGACUUCGAAAAGUCUAGUAUUCUACGCACUUAUUCACCAUACAUCGACGAAGACGGUGUUAUUCGAAUGCGUGGAAGAAGCGAUGCAGCCACCGUUUUAUCGCACGACACGAAACGUCCAAUCAUCCUUCCAAGACGUCAUCGGAUUACUCGUCUCAUUGUGGAUUAUUAUCAUCGACGUUACAAGCACAUCAACCAUUCUACUGUCCUCAAUGAAAUCCAACAGAAAUUCAUUAUACCGGCUCUUCGUGUGGUCCUGAAAAGCAUUAGAACAUCAUGCCAAAAAUGCAAAAAUUUAUCGGCAGAACCGAAGAUUCCCGAGAUGGCCGAGCUUCCUCCUGGGCGAUUAGCGGCGUAUACUUUACCAUUUACUUUCGUCGGAAUAGACUUUUUUGGCCCGAUAAGAGUUAGAAACGGAAGAAAAACGCGAAACCGUCCAGUGAUCAUGGAAAAAAGAUGGGUUCUAUUGUUCACUUGCUUAACGACACGAGCCAUUUGGAUGGAGAUCACUCAUUCACUUGAAACGAAUUCCUGCGUUAUGGCCAUCGACAACUUCAUUUCGAGGAAAGGCCAGCCGAAGAGAGUCUUCUGCGACAAUGGUACGUCGUUUCACGGUUCGGAAAAGGAGCUACGUGACGAAUUCAGUAAAAUAAACCAAAGGGACUUGGCAGAAAGAUUCACUAGUUCUGAGAUGGAAUUCAGAUUCAAUCCACCGGCUACUCCACACAUGGGUGGAGUAUGGGAACGUCUCAUUCGCACAGUCAAAUCAUGCCUUAAACAAACAAUGCUAACCAGAUGUCCUAACGACGAAAUGUUAAAAAAUCUAAUCGUGUCGGCUGAGAAUAUCGUCAAUUCAAGACCGCUGACUUACGUGGCAUUGGAAUCGGCUGAUGAAGAAGCAUUAACCCCGAACCAUAUCUUGCUUGGAUCUUCGAAUGGAAGAAAACCGUUGGGAGAGUUCCCCGACAAAGACUUAGCAAGAAACACCUACAAAGCCGUACAAAUUCUUGCGAAUAAUUUUUGGCGGCGAUUCGUCUUGGAGUACAUGCCAACACUCACCAAAAGAACAAAAUGGUUCAAGCAAAUGGAGCCGAUCAAAGUCGGUGACGUCGUGAUAGUAGUCGACGAACGGAACGAGCGUAAUACAUGGCCAAAGGGAAUCGUCGAGAAACUUAUGCCUGACAAAAGAGGAAUUGUGCGGCAAGUUAUGGUGCGAACAGCUAAAGGAAUUCGACGACGAUCUGUUGGGAAGCUAGCCGUUUUGGAUGUGAAACCGCCCAUGGAAGAUGUCAAUCAGGACUCAAUGGUGUCGAUUCACGGAGAGGGGAAUGUUGGGCAGCAACACAUGACCGGCAACACUGAUCUACAUCCAUUUCAUUCAGCAACAGGAUUGCCUGAUUCUGCUGUAAAUUAGUGACAGUCGUGGUACCGGAAAAACAUUUGUUCUUUUGAUUUCAUUAGAAAACGGCCAAGUGAUUCAAAGCUCGAAGUAAAUUUAAUUUAAUCGUAAAAUCGAUCCGUUCAAAUCGAUCAAUUAUUUCUUUUAAUCGAAGUACGUAGUGUGUUGUGUUGUGAGAUAACGAUUGUUGCUAGCGGAGUUUGCCAAGGAGGUAAAAAUUGAUUUUUUCGUGAAGCACCAAGUGUGCAGGUUUUCAUUUGCAGUUUGAUUGAUUUACAGGCGAAACGUUCGCGGAACAUUAUAAUUACACGAAUCAACAGCCUGUGUUGUAAGCUGUCGAAUCGUGAACUGUAAGGAAUUUGUAAAAAUUAUUGAAAUUGAUCAGGAAUUAAUUGAGGUUAUGUUUAGUUAUAGUUACAUCGCUCAUACACACACACGCACGCGCAUUGAUCUGAAUUGUUAUUUAUCGGCAAAGGAAUGCUAAACGUAAGACAAUUAAUGAAAAGCUUUGUUAACAUAGUUUAACGAUUUAUGAAAAUUUGUUACAGAAAUUUGAAGUGUUUGAUUAAAGAGUUGAAAUCAAGACGUGACGUUUCCUUUAACUCAACGACACUCACAAAUUUAAAAUCCAGCCGACAAGAAGUUGCAUUUAGCACCAAUAAGUGCCC